CACUCCGAAUUAAAACUUUUUGCAUGCUGCGCUUUUUUCCUAAUAUGAAUAAUAUAAAUUUACAAAACAUACAGACAGAGCUGCAGCGUAUGCCGGCAGCGCUGCAAAAACACAUACAAACCUGGAAGGAGACGCUGCAGCGCAGCUCAAUAGAAAUGCAGCUAAUUUCGGAGCUGUGGUGUAAAAUCCUUGAGCACGAGGCUUUGCUAAUUAAUGCCAAAACAUUUCGUCAGAUGCGUAGCAAGGAACAGCGCAUGAGCACGCUAUUUAGAAGCCUGGACAAGAAGCAAGUGGUCAUGCAACAAUUGCUGACUGUGCUGCAAAGCUGCAAGCUGCAAGUGGACAGCAUGCGUCGGCGCGUGCGCCAGUGGGUGCAAGAUGAUGCUAUAAAGACAGGUUACAUAGUUUGGGAAUUGACAGCGUCCAUGUUCUUGGAGUUCUUAGAAUUCUUUACGCUGCGCUUUGACUACGAGUGGGAGAUUAAGGAAAUGGUAGUGCUUGAGCUUAGACGCAUUAACAGUCACUAUGAUUUGGAUAUUUUAUUCUUGGCCUGGUCUGAGCAGCGUCAUGCCGGUGGCUCGGACUUUGACCAGCAACUGAAGGACUUUUACAAAUCCGUUGGUGUACGUCCUUGUCGCGCUGUUAGAAACCCCAUUUAUAAUGAAGAUUACAACACAGAGUUUCAUUGAAAUUGUUUUGUUAGUUUUAUUGGAAAAAUUGUCUUUUGUUUUUAUUUUCAUUUUGUCUGCUUGCCAAAAAGCCUUUAAUGAAUGUUCAAACGGAAAAUUAAAAACGAAAAGUUUUGUUUGUUAAGCAUUUAAAAUUUGACUUUGCCUCAGUUUUACUUUUACUAUUUUGAGUUUUCUCUUGGUAGCAAAACAAAACUUAAUUGUAAUUUUUCCUACAACAACAUUUUGUUUUUGCCCAU